GUCCAGGGCUCGGAUCAGGCGCCCUUCUUCACGGAGUACGGCGAGGCGUCCCGGUACGAGGUCGGCGAGGUGGUCGGCAAGGGCAGCUACGGUGUCGUGGCGGCCGCGGUGGACACGCACACCGGCGAGCGCGUGGCGAUAAAAAAGAUCGACGACGUCUUCGAGCACGUCUCCGACGCCACCCGCAUCCUCCGCGAGAUCAAGCUGCUCCGCCUGCUCCGCCACCCGGACGUCGUCGAGAUCAAGCACAUCAUGCUCCCGCCGUCGCGCCGCGAGUUCCGCGACAUCUACAUCGUCUUCGAGCUCAUGGAGUCCGACCUCCACCAGGUCAUCAAGGCCAACGACGACCUCACCCCGGAGCACCACCAGUUCUUCUUCUACCAGCUGCUACGCGGGAUGAAGUACAUACACGCGGCCAAUGUAUUCCACCGGGACCUCAAGCCCAGGAACAUUCUUGCCAAUGCCGAUUGCAAGCUCAAGAUUUGCGAUUUCGGACUUGCUCGGGUUUCAUUCAAUGACACCCCGUCCGCCAUAUUCUGGACGGAUUAUGUUGCAACAAGAUGGUAUCGUGCUCCAGAAUUAUGUGGCUCCUUCUUUUCAAAGUAUACUCCGGCAAUUGAUAUUUGGAGCAUAGGAUGUAUAUUUGCCGAAAUGCUUACAGGGAGGCCGCUCUUUCCUGGAAAAAAUGUGGUGCAUCAGUUGGAUCUCAUGACUGAUCUGCUCGGCACACCUUCAGCAGAAUCUAUUUCCAGUAUUCGGAACGAAAAAGCUCGACGAUAUUUGGGAAACAUGAAAAAAAAGCACCCAGUACCUUUUUCUCAGAAGUUUCCUGGUGUAGAUCCCAUGGCUCUCCAUUUGCUUGAGCGUCUUCUUGCUUUUGAUCCCAAUGAUCGGCCAACUGCUGCAGAGGCAUUGGCAGAUCCAUACUUUACUGGAUUGGCAAAUUCUGAACUCGAACCCACAGCACAACCCAUCUCAAAACUUGAGUUUGAGUUUGAGAGAAGAAAGCUGGCCAGAGAUGAUGUCCGGGAAUUGAUUUACAGAGAGAUUUUAGAGUACCAUCCUCAGAUGUUGCAUGAGUAUCUUUGUGGUGGAGAUAAGACAAACUUUCUAUACCCAAGUGGGGUGGAUCGUUUCAAGAGGCAAUUUGUUCAUCUCGAGGAACUCGGUGCUAAGGGUGAAAAGACUUGCCCACAGCUGCGGCAGCAUGCUUCCUUGCCAAGGGAAAGAGUUAUUGGCACCGAUGGCGAGCUCGAAAAGACAAAUGCAGAUUACUGCAUAAGAUUGCAUGUAGGUGAGCAACAUGGCCACACAUCAGUCACAGAUGGCCUGAGCAAGCCACUGUUGAAUGCUCGAAACUUGUUGAAGAGCGAAAGCAUCGGCGCCUCCAAAUGUGUUGUCAUCAAAGAAAAGAGAGAAAAGGAUGAAGAAUCUAUGUCUGAUUACAUGCAUGAAACAUCUGAUGUGGUGCCGAAUAAGAUUGCUCAAGUCAAAAGUGUCUAG